CACCAGGGGAGGGGUCGUCAUGAAGACAGCAGGUCAAGGUAACGGAAGAGCAGAUGGGGGUAUUUGGCCGGAAGUCUUGCGGUAAUGACAGACGCAGCUCACCUGUUGGCAGAUCUAAGCAGCUUCAUCAUCAGCUUGUUYUCCCUCUGGCUCUCCUCCAAACCCGCCACACAAAAACUCAACUACGGGUGGCACCGAGCAGAAAUCCUGGGCGCUCUGAUGUCGGUUUUUAUCAUCUGGGUGGUGACAGGAGUUUUGGUUUAUCUGGCUGUGGAGCGUCUCCUCAGUAAUAACUUCAACAUCGAGGGCAGAAUCAUGCUCAUCACCUCAGUCUGUGGAGUGGUGGUCAAUGUAAUAAUGGCGGUCACCCUUCACCAGUCGGGUCAMGGACACAGCCACGGUGGAUUGAGUUCACACGGACACAGUCACGGGCCCAAGAAAGGAAAAGUAAAGAAGCAGCAGGCGUCAAAUGGGAUCUACUCCAAUGAUGAGYGUAUAAACAUGGAGCAGAGUCAUGCAGAUCAUGAUGACUCAGUGGACGCUCAGACCGUCCUGAGAGAAAUGACCCAGGCUUGUUUCUCCUCCUACAACUUCCACUCUGUGACCAUUCAGAUGGAGCGGCAGGCCGACCUGAGGCCUGGCUGUGCGCUCUGUGAACCCCCUCACAAGUAGAAACGACCCCCAGGCGACUCGCAGCCGAACAAAUAAACAUCAUCGUAUUUAUUUCUGGCAUUUUAACGGAACCAGUUUGAUGGUUUCAUUUCCCUUUGAUGAAAUAAUGUUCUGAUAAAACAUGCUUGUCCAAAUAUGAAGUGUUUUUAUUCAACCAUUUGCCUUUUUUCUUCAUUUUGUUUUUACAAUCUUUACAUUUAUUUGUCGUCUUGACACCUGAUUGGUGGCCGUUACCCAAAGAAACAUUUGUUUGUUGGGACUUAUUGUAUAAAUUUGAACAAAUCCCUGCUCUUAAUGGUCUUGUUUUCUCAUUUCACUGAUGUUCAAACAGCAUUUCUCCUGUGUAAAUUAUAAGUGARGUGUAAAUCUGUGUAAACCUGGUUUGUGUGUAAAUGUCUCUGUGAAGUGGAGGACUGACGUUGAGUGUAUUCUCAUUAAUAAACUGUUGAUAACUUUG